UCCUCAAAUCACAGCAGCCAAAGCCGGCGGUCCCCUAAAUACCCAGUCAACCCACACUAAACGCUUAACUCCCCCAAAUUGCACUUUCACAAUUCAUACAGUCCCCUCUGAUCCCAACACAACAGCAACAAAUCCCCAAAUCCAAAUUCCCCAAACCCUAGAAACAGAUCAUCUAUUCUGUCUAUAUCUAUAAAUAGCCAUCAAGAGAGAGAGUGAAGUACUGUGGAGCCAAAAUUUCAGAGAGGGGAAAACCGCGUAGAAAUUGAGAGGGAGAUAAUAUCGGAGGAAGAGCCCGGAGAUGGCGUCGUCCAAGCUGAUGGCGUCGUCGAACCCCAGAAAUUCGGAUCUUUCGCGACGCGCUUAUCCUACUGCGUCAUCUUCUGAUCGCCAAACUAAAAAUGCUAACAGAACCAACCACAAUAACAUCAGUAUCAAUAACAGUAACACACUUAUUGCUUCAUCAUCAACAUCGUCAACUAUGACCAUCGACGGCCUUCUCCGCGAUGUCUAUGGUUCAAUUCCCUCAUCGGAGUCUACCCUCCUUGACGCCCAAAUUACCCUCAUUGAGACGCCUGUUCUCGCGGCGAACACAGUGGCUGAUCCCAAUCAAACUCAGAUGAUAAAUCAGAAUGCGGAGGUCGAUCCUCCUCCUGUACGGAAGAGCGUGGAUGACGUGUGGCGCGAGAUUGUGUCGGGUGAAAGGAAGGAGAUGAAGGUGGAGGCUGCAGACGAGAUGAUGACUUUGGAGGAUUUCCUGGCCAAGGCAGGUGCUGUGGACGAGGAUGAGGUCAAGAUGCCCCCUGCUACGCCUUUGAUGGAGAGACUGAGUGGAGGGGUGUAUUCGUUUGACCCCAGCCCCUUGCAGGUGUUGGACAAGGUGGAGGGUUCGAUAAUUGGGUUCGGGAAUGGUGUGGAGGUGGUGGCUGGGGAAGGUGGAAGUGGGGGAGUAGGGAGGGGGAAGAGAGGGAGAGGCGCAGUUUUCGAGCCAUUGGAUAAGGCUGCACAGCAACGACAGAGGAGGAUGAUCAAGAAUAGGGAGUCUGCUGCCAGGUCAAGGGAGAGGAAGCAGGCUUACCAGGUUGAGUUAGAGUCAUUGGCUGUAAGACUAGAGGAGGAGAAUGAGCAGCUGUUGAAAGAGAAGGAUGAAAGGACAAAGGAAAGGUUUAAGCAGCUUAUGGAAAAAGUGAUUCCAAUUGUGGAGAAGAAGAGACCUCGUCGAGUCCUUCGGAGAGUACACUCCAUGCAGUGGUAGAUUAUAUAUGCUUAUUGAAGAAUAUUGUACGUGCAUUAGGAAUGAAGGAUGAAAUGCUUCAUUAUUUCAGGCAUUCAUUUAGUCUAUAUAUCAACAUUGAAAGCUGAAGUAGUUUGAAGUAAUUUCUUAUAUGAUGAAGUGUGGAGACAAAGGGUGAUUGACAACUUAACCAUGAGGGAGACUCCCUAUAAUUGAAGUAGAGGACUUGCAAUGCAUCCAGGUAUGCAGAGGGCUGAGCUGAUUCAUGUAGUUCGUAGGUUUUGCUAUGUAAGAAGAGUCAUGUUCUCCUUUUACUGGUCUCAGUGAAAAAGGAAGGACUAUAUAAUCUUAAUGAAUUAUGACAGCUCCUUGAUGAAAUAUAGAUUGGUGGGUGGUGGAUUUCCGAUCACUUCACUAGAAAUGUGUUCUAGUGAUUGCGUACAAGUUUCCUUAUUCUUCGUGGUUUUUGUAACUUUUUGCCCUCACCAACUCAUUUUUCUUUCAUGAUGAGUAUUAUUUCUGUUUAGAGGA